AUGGAAGACGAUGACGAGUUCGGAGAUUUAUACACUGACGUUCUCCGUCCCUUCGCUUCACCCUCAUCCUCUGCGCCCCAACCCCACCAAUCUUCUCCUGCGUCCCCUUCCAUCGAUCUCGACCUCAAUCAAAACGCCGCACAGAUCCCCUGCGAUGCGUCCCACCGUAUUUCCCCUUCAUCCAACCAGCUACCUCUCCCCGACCCGAACGAACCGACAGUCUCCGCUGCCGAGGAACCGCCUAAAAUUCCUGACGCGGAACCUCCGCCGGAUUCAAACCUCGCCGCCGCCGAUGCGGGGGUCGAUCCGAUCGACAGAGACGUGAAAUUCGACAUCGAGGAGGAGGAGGAGGACGCGGGCGACGGCUCGGAGCCGGUUAUUCCGGGCCUGGGCGGCGAGGCGCCGGCUGAGGAAGGCGGGGAGGGCGAUGAUUGGGAAAGCGAUAGCGAGGAUGAUUUGAAGAUAGUGUUGAAUGAGAACAACCACAUGGCCAUGGAACGUGGAGGGAUGGUGGAUGGUGAUGAGGAAGAAGAGGAUGGGGAUGAAGAGCUUGUGAUUGUGGCUGGUGGUGAUCCGAAUCAGGGUGUGGAGGAGCAGGAGUGGGGCGAGAGUGCUGCCCUGGCCGCUGGGGACGGUGAGAGGAAGGAUGCCGCCACCGAAUUGGCCAAGGCCGGCGGUGCUGUGGCGCCGAAAAUUGGGUAUAGCAAUCAUGGAUACCACUCAUUUCAUUCCCAGUUUAAGGUCAGUUUUGAUUGA